AUGCAUUUGCGAGAUUCAACUAAAGAUACGCUAGCCUCCUCUGGGAAUCGCGACGAUGACGAAAUAGAUGACGGGCAACAUGCCCAAUUUUUGGACGCUGACACAGUCGAUUCAGAAGAGUCAAUUGAGGCCGAGCCGGUAGAAGAGAAUGAAGAAUGGUCUGAUCAAGGCAGCGGAGCAGAAGGAUCUGAUGAAGGUGGCGGAUAUGCGCAGUAUAUCGAUCCGGAUGACGACAUUGACGAAAAUGACGAGGAAGGCAUGGAAGUCUCAGGCAACGACGAAGAGGAAAAUAGCGAUCAUGAAGAGGUGCGUAUACUCGUUUUGCUAAAUUCAGGAUACAUUACGGCAUGGUACAUACUCGCUCAAUGCACUGACGCAGAAAUUGAAUCUGUUCCUUAUGACAAACUACUUAAGGCUCGACGUAUCAUGCGACGUCAAUCCGCACGCGGCCAUGCAACUGAUGAAGAAGACGAUAAUGAACACGAAUCUAUUGAGGCCAAGCGCGAUCUCGCCAAAAAGAAACUGCGUGAGAUGUAUUUAUCCUCGCACUCGUCUUCUUCGAAACCCAAGCUACCCCCUACAUCGUCGUCGUCUUCCUUCCUUGCCUCGCGUGAAAGAAAAAAUGCUCCCGCUGUCAUGUCGUCGCGUCGGCCUGUAUCAAGACUUCGCCAGGUCGUCAAACCAAUCCAGAAUGCCAAGGCACGCGAUCCACGUUUUGACUCUUUAUCAGCUGGCCCAGUGAAUUUGGACUUACACGCAAAAUCUUAUGGAUUUUUGCCUGAUCUAUACCAGACAGAAAUCAAACAGUUGCGCGACCAGCAUGCAAAGCUUAAGCGGACCGAAAUACAUCACGCAGGUCCUCGAGCCAAAAGUCAGCAAGCUGCUGAAAUUCGCGACCAGCGUGCACAUGUUGAGCAGGAGCUUCGUCGUGCAGAGAGUCGACAGAAUGAGCGCACACGUCGUGAGCGUGAACGCAGUGUGAAAGCCGACUUCAAGAAAGAGAAUCAGCGACGCGUCGAUGCUGGUCUCAAACCAUUUUUCCCCAAGAAGGCCCAAUUUCAAGAGGCUUUGCUGCGCAAGCAAUUCGAUGAGAUGGCACAAGGUUCAGGCACAGGUUCAAGUGCUUCGCUUCGUAAGGCCAUGGACCGCAAGCGUCGCAAAGAUGCACAAAAAGAGAAGAAAUCUCUUGACGCAGCUUUGGGCGGUGGCUCACGCACAGAUAUAAGGCCCAUGCGACACUUCAGCGACGCUCCUCGACCUCACAAGCGCGGUCGCCGUGGUUAG